UUAUUUACUACACAAACGACAGUUCUUGAAGUAAUAGCAAAUAAUAGUCGAAAGUAUGGACUUACUUCAAAUUUGAAUAAACAUAACCCUAAAUGUGAAAGCUAUCAGAUUGUUAUACAGGAUGAAGAAUCUCAUCAUUGCAUCUUUAUUGCUAUGUACCAUUUCUCAUGUGGUUUCGGGCAGCCUCAUCAAUUUACACCCUACCAAUGAUCCGAACAGUGAACUUAAUACACUACAGUUAAUACGAAGAGCGGGUUAUCCAGCCGAAGCUCAUGUAGCGUUAACGGAUGAUGGCUAUCUUUUGACGAUGCACCGAAUCCUAGGGAAACCUGGAUCGCCUGCGAUUCUUUUGCAACACGGUUUAUUAGGUAGCUCAGCGGAUUGGGUUACGCUCGGAAAAGGAAAUGCUCUUGCUUACUUAUUAGCUGACCACGGUUACGAUGUGUGGCUUGGAAAUUUUCGUGGUAACACUUACUCGAGGGCUCAUACUUCUUUGUCUAUCGAGGAUUCGAAGUUCUGGGAUUUCAGCUGGCAUGAGUCGGGUAUUUAUGAUCUACCCGCGAUGAUCACCUACAUCGCGAGGCUGAAGGAAAAUUUGUUGAAAGCAUAUAUUGGAUUCUCGAUGGGUACAACGUGCUUCUACGUGAUGGCCAGCGAACGGCCGCAAAUAGCAAGACUGUUGCAAUCGUCGUACAUGCUUGCCCCAGUAGCUUUCAUGAAACAUGUACAGAGCCCUUUACGGUAUAUAGCCCCGUUUGCAAAUGAUUAUAAGCUGAUUUCCCAUCUGCUCGGAGACGGCGAGUUCCUGCCGCAAAAUUUUGUUUUAAAAUUCUUAUCAAAACAUUUGUGUUAUGCUGAUUUCUUGGAGGAAAGAAUUUGUGCUAAUUGGCUGUUUAUUUUGGUCGGAUUCGACAAAACGCAAUUUAAUUACUCGUUGAUGCCUAUAAUUUUAAAUCAUACACCGGCUGGUACAUCCGCCAAGACGAUGGUCCACUAUGCUCAAGAAAUCAAGUCCGGAUACUUCCGACAAUUUGAUUACGGUAAAAUAGAAAACAUGCAGAGGUACAACAGUACAGAACCACCUUCGUACAAUUUAACUAACAUCGCAACGCCAAACGUACUGUUCUGUGGCCCUAACGAUUGGUUCUCUAAUCCUCUUGAUGUGUUGGAGUUAACCAACCAGUUACCAGAGAAGCCAGUUGUCUAUAGAGUACCAUAUAAAAAGUUCGAUCACAUAGAUUUUAUGUGGGCUACAGAUGCUCCCAAACUAGUCUAUAAAAAGUUACUUUCUAUGUUGAGCGAAGGAGCAUCCUAAAUUAUGUUUUCUAAAAGCGUAAAAAGUUUGUGUUAUUUACUAUUUAACACACAC